UGCCACCAGGCUGAGCCAAUGGGAGCUCAGAAAAGGCGUUUCCGUUUUUCAAGUUCUGGUGUACCGGACCCGUAGUUUUUUCUCCAUUUUGUCUUAAGCGGUCGGCGGUACUUGUUUGCAGAGUCCCGGGGAGAAGGCUAGAGAGUGCUUUUCCCGCCUCACAGCCAAUGGUCGGAGCCUCCAGUGGUGCUCACAACGCACAGGUGGGAUUGAAGCUCGGAGUCGCCACCAGACCCGCCCAGGGCCGGGAGAGGGACCGCCAUUCCUGCAGCGGCUUCUGCUCCCGCCCCGCUCCGACUACCGAGUGCAAUGGAGGCGCCGGUGCUGAGGAGACGGGCUGAGGUUGGCGUGACCUUUGAGGACAUUGCCCUGUACUUCUCCAGGAAGGAAUGGAGCCUCUUAGAUGAGGGUCAGAGACAGCUGUACGUGAAUGUGAUGCUGGAGAACUUUGAACUAAUAUCCUCGCUGGGUAAGACCCUCACUAUCACCAUUGACCUGGACUUGGCUUUGCCAUUUCCCAGGCCCCAUCCCCCAGGGUGUGCUCUGUCCUCCCAUGUAGACUGUGGUACUGCUUGUUUUUCCAGUUAUCUGGGUAGUUGCUGUCCUGGGGAGGGUUGGUCUGUUUCUGCUGCUCCCUUCUAUUCCUGAAGUCCCAAUACUCCCCGCUGCACUAAAUUCACAGGGAAGGACUUGUGGUUGGUAGUGUUGUUGGCAGCUAAGGAAUUCCACCUUGAUUAGUGAGGAAAACAUUUUCUGUAUUCCUAUUGGUCAUGUGUAAAUAUAUUUUGAAAAGUUGUAUUACAUGCUUAUCCAGUUUGUUAACUAUAUUUUUUUUCGUUAAAGAAUAUUUGGAAUACCUUGUAUAUUUUAUAUAUUAAUUGCUUACAACAUACAGGAACACAUAUUUUUGUAUGUGCUUAAUUGUGCUUUGCAGAUAUUGCUCCCCCACACCUGUUUUUCCAGAAAGU